ACCAAAUCUUUCAAAAUUCCCCUUCUAUUCUCCAAUUAUUAUAUAAACUCCCCUUCCAUUCCCAUGCAAACAAACCCCCCUUCCUCAAUGGCCUCUCUCCUCCUCCUCCUCCUCUUCCUCCUCCCCUUCUCCAGCGCCGGCGCCACCACCGUCUCCACCACCAUCCACGCCGCAUGCCGCGCCACCCGUUUCCCUUCCAUCUGCGAGAAAACCCUCUCCGAAUCCUCUUCUCUCCCUCAAAACCCUAGCCCCACCGACCUCAUCCUUGCCGCCAUCAACGCCUCCAGCUCCGGCACCACCACAGCCCUCUCCCUCUCCCACUCCAUCCUCUCCUCUUCCUCCGAUCCCAAUCACACCACCGCCGCUCGCAACUGCAUCGAUCUCCUCACUCUCGCCUCUCACCGCCUCUCCUCCAUCUCCUCCCCUUCCUCCUCCGCCCCUCUCUCCUCCGCCCGCGCCUGGACCUCCGCCGUCCUCAUUUACCACUACUCCUGCUGGUCCGCCCUCAAGUACGUCAACACCACCUCCCAGAUCUCCUCCGCCAUGGCCUUCCUCACCGAUCUCCAGUCCCUCACCAGCAACGCCCUUUCCAUGCUCUUCUCUCUCCACCGCUUCGGCCCCGAUCUCUACCUCUGGUCCCCUCCCCAGACCGAGCGCGACGGCUACUGGGACUCCUCCUCCACCGGCGCCGUCGCCGGCGCCGAUUUGGGAUCCGGAUCUACUCCGUUGUCCAGAUCCAAACCCGAUGUGACGGUCUGCAAAGGCGGUUCAUGCCGGUUCGAUUCGGUUCAGGCGGCGGUCGAUUCAGCGCCGGUGAACCGAACCGAGCGGUUCGUGAUCUAUAUCAGGGAAGGGGUGUACAAUGAGACCGUUAGGGUUCCGUUUGAGAAGCCGAACUUGGCGUUUGUUGGUGACGGAAUGGGGAAGACGGUGCUCACGGGUUCGCUUAAUGCUGACAUGGUUGGCGUUUCCACUUAUAACACUGCCACUGUCGGUGUGCAGGGAGAUGGAUUCAUGGCAUACAACCUAACAAUAUCAAACACAGCUGGGCCAGACGCACACCAAGCAGUAGCCUACCGCUCCGACAGCGACCUCUCAAUCCUAGACUCAGUAGAGCUCUCCGGCCACCAAGACACACUCUACGCCGCCUCUCUCCGCCAAUAUUUCAAAUCCUGCACCAUCUCCGGCACCGUCGACUUCAUCUUCGGCAACUCCGCCUCUUUCUUCGACAACUGCCUCAUCCUCAUCCUCCCACGCCAACUCAACCCUGAACGCGGCGAAACCAACACCGUCACCGCCCACGGCCGCACUGACCCCGCCCAAACCACCGGCUUCGUCUUCCACCGCUCCACCAUCAAUGCCAGCGCCGAUUACCUCCGUUUCUUCAACACCAAUCCCAAAAUUCAUCGAACUUAUCUUGGCAGACCAUGGAAGGAGUUUUCCAGGACAGUGUUCUUGGAGUGUUAUUUGGAGCAGGUGGUGAGGCCGGAGGGUUGGAGUCUUUGGGACGGUGACUUUGCUUUGAGCACGCUGUUCUACGGUGAGUACGCGAGUGUUGGCCCCGGUGCGAAUGUUAGCGCGCGCGUGCCGUGGAGUAGCCAAGUGCCACCCGAGCAUGUCGACGUUUAUUCGGUAAGUAACUUUAUUCAAGGUGAUCAGUGGAUUCAUUCAUUAGUUUUAAACCCUAUUUAAUAUAUAAUAAUUAAUAUUUAUAUAUAUA